CCACCAUCUCUCUAACCUUCUCAAAUGCUCUCUUUCCUCUAUAAAAUCAUUUCACCACCAAAAACACACACUCCUCUCCACCGUAAAAAUCUACGGAACCCUAUAUAUAUCUCUUAUUAAAUUUCUCUAGAUCAAUUUAAUCGUAUCUGAAUCAUCAGCAGAAUAAUCAACAGAACAUGUAUUUUGAACAACUAUCACAAAAUAGUUAUCUUCAGAGACAGGGGAUAGUUGAGCAGCCUAGGCAGCCAGAGAACCAAAGAGCGUCUUCACCCCAAAGUCUCCGGAGUUUUGUACUGAUGAUGAAGGAACUUGGAACUACACAUUUUAAGGGAGAACCAAACAUGUUUGAAGCGGAUGCAUGGCUUCGGAACAUUGAAAAGAACUUUAAAGUAACUGAAUGCCCAGAAGAGUUCAAAAAGGACACUGCGGUUCAUUACUUAGUUGAGGAUGCUGAGUUUUGGUGGAAUGAUAUAGCAAGACAGUAUGGGAACGACGUACAAUCAUGGGAGGCAUUUCAAAACUACUUUGAAAGAAAAUACUUUCCAGCAGAAGCUCGGGAUCAACUAAAGCGGGAAUUCAUGGAACUGGAGCAGGGAGAAAAGAAUGUGUGGGAGUAUGAAGCAGAAUUCACUAGGCUACGACAGCUUGUGUUCUAUGGUCAAAAUGAUGAGGAAGCUGUUGUUCAGAAAUUUCUACGAGGGUUAGAUCCAGAAAUUGCUAGUAGACUUGUAGCAGGUACUUUCACAAGACUGUUUGAAUUGUAUGAGAAAGCAGUGAAAGUAGAAGCAGCAUUGUUAGCAUAAAGAGUUGGCAACACAAGGACGUAAGCAAUCCAAGAAACAGAGAAGAAAUGAAGCUAAGAAAUCAAACGGACAUAUCUACUGUCCAGGUCGUGGUCAGAAGUUUGCUAGGUUAGUCUCUGAGGUGAUCUGUUUCCGGUGUGGCGGAAAAGGACAUUUUGCUACAUCAUGUUCAAAACCCCGUAGGCUAGUUCCACCAACGGAGCGACUGGCUUUAAUGCCUCCUCCAAAACGUCAAGCUCAAGGUGCAUGGAUCAACACUAUGGAUGCUCUUGCUUCAUCUAGUGGUAACAAGGACCCCAUUGCGGAAUUGGAAACUUAAUCUGGUAUAAGUUAAGAAUCUAUCUUUUUGUCUGUACAGCGGCUACUGGUAUCGGCAAUGUACCAAUCAUAUGCUAACCUCUUUUACUACUCUUUUGGAAUCAUAUCAUCUCUUUUUGUUCCG